UGUGCGAGGCCUCGCGCUUUUCCUUGGUGGCGGGAAAACUGGGUCGAGGUUCGAAGAGCUUGCGGAGUCGCAGCAUUAUCCCGCUCUGCUCUUCGCCCUCAGGUCCUCCUCGCUCCAGAAGGUAGUUGGUGCUUCUCCGCUUGCAGCUGAAGUAGAUUUCAGUAUUCGUUAUUGUGGAAGCAAAUACUUCGUCUGAGUAUUUUCAGACGAAACAGAGGAGCAGAGACUUGACUUGUCAGACAAUGACUUCCAGACUUUCCCUUCUCUACUGAUCAGAGGCAUAAAGAAAGUGUAGCUUCUGAGCUGAAUGAUGACAACCUUGCAGAGUAAAGAAGAAUGUGGGAAGGGACCGAAGAAAACCUUUGCCCCACCUACACAAAAAUUGCAUAGCCUGAUGCCGUAUAACCCUAACUCAUCAAAGGAGAAGAUACUGGGGAUCAGUUCCCCAGAGGCAGAGGCUAGGCCAAGCCUGCUAAAGGCUGGGUUAGAGAAGAAGAAGGAGAAAACAAUCACAGAGACUGGUCCAGGCAGUGGCCAGGAGAUAAAAGGAAAGGCUCUAGACAACAAGAAAGCAGAGAAGAAAGAAAAGGAAAAAUCAACUCUUACUAACGCAGAAUUUGAGGAGAUUGUCCAGAUUGUGCUACGGAAGUCCCUCCAGGAGUGCUUGGAGACUUCCUGUGCCCAGCCUACAAGAUGUACCCAGUUAGACAAGGAACCAGGAAUUGCUUCUUCUACUACUGAUAAUAAUAAUGCUGAUAGAGAGAGGGUAGUGGUACCUCAUAUUCUAGAGAUUUCAGCCUCUCAGGAAAGUGGAGUAAUUCCUGAGAUAAAGACAUCUAAGCCAGGCCAGCCAGAUCCUGCACCCUCUGAGAAGAAAUUCAAUAAACUCUGCUUAAGCAAAAGAAAGAAGGACGCUCAAGAUGAGAAAAUGGACAAAGCCCAAAGUGGACAUGAGCACAGACAGAAAUACCAGCUGAAGAAAAUGGUUCAGGAUCAUUCUCAGAUGAGGGACCAACAAAAAGGAGAGGGAAGUGGUUUUGGUCAAUGUCUAGUCUGGGUCCAGUGUUCUUCCCCAAACUGUGAGAAAUGGAGGCGGCUACGUGGGAACAUUGACCCUUCAGUUCUCCCAGAUAAUUGGUCCUGUGACCAGAAUACAGAUUUGGAGUAUAACCGCUGUGAUAUCCCUGAGGAGACCUGGACAGGACAUGAGAGUGAAGUGGCCUAUGCCUCCUACAUCCCAGGAUCCAUCAUCUGGGCCAAGCAAUAUGGUUACCCCUGGUGGCCAGGCAUGGUAGAAUCUGAUCCUGACCUCGGGGAGUAUUUUCUUUUUGCUUCUCAUCUUGAUUCCCUGCCGUCUAAGUACCAUGUGACAUUUUUUGGAGAAACAGUCUCUCGUGCUUGGAUCCCAGUCAACAUGCUAAAGAACUUCCAGGAGCUGUCCCUGGAGCUAGCUGGAGUGAAAAAGUGCAGGAAUAAGGACUGUAGCCAGAAACUGGGGGCAGCCCUGAUGAUGGCUCAAGAGGCAGAGCAGAUCAACAUUCAGGAGCGGGUUAACUUGUUUGGUUUCUGGAGCCGAUACAGUGGAUCUGACAGUGGUGGGGAAGGAAAAGACUUAAUGUUCUCUGGGGCUAACAGCUUAGAUUCCUGCUUGGAGAAAGAAGAGGAAGAGCCAAAGUUGGAGGAGGAGGAGGAGGAGGAGGAAGAGCAAGAGAAAAAAGAUCCAACUUUGCCUAGUCCUAAGCCAGCCAAAAUUCAGACAAAAAAACCCAAGGCAAGAGGUGGAGCAGAUGGACGAGAGGGGACCCCUCAAAGGAAGACAAUGAAGAGAUCUCUGGGAAAUGAAUCUGCAACUCCACCUGUACCCAUAACAGGAAGGAAAAAAGGGCAUGGGAAUUCAGAACCUGAGCAGCCAGGCCUUAAGAAAAAAUUUAAAGCUCCCCAAAGCAAGACCCCAGUAAACAACUUGUCUGAGGAAAAGGAAGCUAGAAUAGUGCCGGAGGUCCUGACCCCACCAGCUCCUCGCAGAGUCUGUCCUGUGGGAGGGAAAGAAGGGCCUGGACCCCAAGAGCUACGGCCUCAGGAGGCUGGAAGUGUCCCUUCUGACGAUGGAGACGCCAGUGACCUGGACCUGGACCAACUCAUGGAGGAUGUUGGAGAAGAGCUGGAGCAGAGGGAGGAGCCGCAGCACAGAUACGACGCAGGGGAGCUCGCCGUGGCCUUCUGUGAGGAAUAGCUGUGGGCUGGCACCUCCUUCCUGCUCUCUCACCCCUUCUCUGGGAGCAGGAGGGAGAGCCUCUCAGAGGAUCCCUGAGAAGCUGAUAAGUUUGGGGUUGUUCACUGGUUAGUUGGCUAAAGUCAGAGUUGUGCAGUUUAUGUUAAUAAACCAGUAACCUGGUUUAUUCUCAACCACGUACUUUCUUUUGGCUUUUUUUUUUCUCCUCCUCCGUGUCACUGCGGCACAUCGUGCUUUCUGGUGGGAGGCCUGUCGGUAUAGGGAUCUGGGAAGGUGAUGACACCUGAGUCCUGGGAGAAGGACGUCGAGAAGGGCAGGUCUGGGCUCAAAUCCUGCCUCAGCCACUUACUAGCAACACGGUCUUGGGAAAAGCACUGUGACCAUUCUGGGUCUUGUUAUCCUGCCUCAAGUGGUACCUCCAGUGCCAUAUAGGGUGGUUGAUGAUGCUGAAAUGAGGUCAUGCAUGUGAAGCACUAAUACAAUACGUGCCAGUUAUUAUCCUAAGGAGAGGAGAACGGUUACAUUAGGAGACAGACCUUCGGUUUUGGACUGGCUACCAGCCUUUGGGGAUUUAUUGGUCCCUGGCCUGAGGCAGUUACUGAACAAAGUACUAGGGGAGGGAUCUUGGUGUGA